AACUCAAAACUCCCGCCAAUCUUCACCACCCGGCCUCAACCGGCUACCGCCGGUAACUACUUGCAUCCCUCCGGUCGUCCGUACUGCGAAAACCUUCCAAGCCGAUAUAUAGAAAAUUCAUUUUUUUUUCUCUCUCCAAAAGUUAGUUUCGUUUCUCUUCAUUUAUCUUUUUAACUGUUCUUCGUUACUUCCGUCGCCGUUAGGGUUAGGGUUUUUGAUGAGGGUUCUGCGAUCUAGGGUUUCUGCUGAUCUCGAUAUCUCGGCAGCGGCGGCAUCGACGGCAUACGAUCAGAGAUCAUGAGCGCUGUGAAUAUCACGAACGUCACGGUGCUGGACAACCCCGCGGCAUUCCUCAAGCCUUUCCAGUUCGAGAUCUCUUACGAAUGCUUGAUUCCUCUAAAAGACGAUUUAGAAUGGAAGCUCACGUACGUAGGAUCUGCUGAGGAUGAGACCUAUGACCAACUCUUAGAGAGUGUGCUUGUUGGGCCAGUCAAUGUCGGCAACUAUCGUUUUGUUUUCCAGGCUGACCCACCUGACCCAUCAAAGAUCAGGGAUGAGGAUAUUAUUGGUGUGACUGUGUUGCUGCUGACCUGCUCUUACCUGGGGCAGGAGUUUAUUCGAGUGGGCUACUAUGUGAACAAUGACUAUGAUGAUGAGCAGCUAAGAGAGGAACCACCCCCAAAGGUGCUGAUUGACAGGGUCCACAGAAACAUUCUGGCUGAUAAGCCCCGGGUCACAAAGUUCCCCAUCAAUUUCCAUCCCGAAACCAGUGAAAAUGGAGGACAACCCCCUGCCCCAUCACCAGAUCAUCCAACCGAAGCAGCAGCACCACCGCCGACAGAACCUGAGCUUCCCAGUGAAAGCUAAGGAGCUGGAAAUGGAACUGCUUGGAUGGCAGGCUCCAGAUCUGUCCCCAUUUCAAUACUCAGAAGCAUCUUCGGGACUGACAUAGAUGAGUUGGUUGAUUUUUGUGAUGCAACUCGGUGGAAGUGUAUAAUAUAGUUUCUUUUACUAAUGUGUGUUGUCAGAUACAGCGAAUUGCUCAAUGCUGGCUGGUUGCCGUGUAGCAGUUUCCCUCGCUUCUGCUCCGAGGUUUUGAAAUAUGCAAUCCAGAAGUUAUUAUUGACA